UAGCUUCCCUGCGGAGCUACAAUUCAAUAGCAUAUGCCUCUGCAACCAAAAUAGCAAAAGAAGGAGAAGAAGAGUGGAAAUGGGGAGUGAAAAGAGUGAGUUGUACUUUGUUUUCAUGACUUACGAUCCUGAGUAUAACCGUCUUAGAUCUAACAGAACAAAGAGAGGGUCGACCGAGCUUGAUUUGUAUUUAAGUAGGAAGCACGAUGCGUUGUUGGCGACAACACUCCUGCCUGGCAGCUACAAGAAGACAUCAUCUUUGGUAAUUGUGGAUGGCUUUUCUGUGGAAAUCACUGAUGAUCAGGCCAAUGUGCUUAGAUCUGCAAAGGGAGUGAGAGUUGUGGAGAAGAAUCAAGUGCUUUCCUAGUGUACUAUGUUUGGAGAGAAGAAUCAAGAGCUUCGCUUCAUUGAUGUUUCAAUGUUUCUGUGAAUAUUGUUUGUGUACAUUGGUUAGGCUCGGAUUUUUCUUUAUCUCUCAUUGUUAUAUGAGUAAUGCCAUAAUAAUAACAUUUUUAUAUUGUAGUCGAUUUAUUA